GUGAAGUUCACGAUGAAUGACAACCCACCAUUAGCAACAGGUCACUUCAAUAGCAGACCCCUCCAUGCAAAUCGCCACUUACGCGUGAUCUGCGUUGGAGCUGGAGCUUCAGGACUAUAUUUGACAUACCGGCUAAAACAUUCUUUCACCGACUUCACGUUGAAUGUGUACGAAAAGAACUCUGACAUUGGCGGGACUUGGUGGGAAAAUCGUUAUCCUGGAUGUAGGUGUCACCCAUCAGAUCAGUGUGAUGUACCAGCUCAUAACUACACUUUCUCCUUCGAGCCCAAGUGGAACUGGCCGGCCACCUAUGCCUCAUCUAUGGAGAUCUGUGAAUAUUUAUCAAAUUUUGCGGAUAAGUACGACCUCCGGCCGUAUAUUCAUUGCCAACACCAGGUAGUUGGUGCCCACUGGGACGAUAUGCGCGCUGAGUGGGUGGUACAAAUUCAGAAAAGUACCCAGGAAGUGAUUGUGAAACGAUGUGAUUUUCUUAUCGGAGCUACUGGAAUUCUAAAUGCCUGGCGCUGGCCAGAUAUCUCGGGCUUGCACUCGUUUCAGGGCAGACUGGUUCACAGCGCUCGCUGGGACGAGGAGGUGGAGCUUGCUGGAAAGCGAGUUGGACUUAUUGGGAACGGGUCUUCGGCAGUUCAGAUAUUACCACUCGCCCGAAGCGUGGCAGAACAUGUAACAACCUUCAUUCGUCAGCCUUCUUGGAUAUGUGAAAUGCCAGGAACAGAGUAUCGUCCCUACACACAAGAGGAGCAGCAGGAAUUUCGUGACACUCCUGGCCAAUUACUCUCCCUGCGCAAACAGACCGGCGCAGCACUCGACCGCCUGUUUCCUCUGAUGAUUCGGAGUUCGACCGCCCAGACGGAGACCAGGGGCCUUGCUCGUAAACAAAUGGAGAGCAAAAUAUUCAAUAAUGAUCUUUCUACUAAGAUAGUUCCAGAUUAUCCCCUUGGAUGUCGGCGUAUCACGCCUGGACCGGGAUAUCUUGAAGCGCUCAAUGAGCCAAAUGUCACACCUGUGAUCGGGCAUAUCACACGAGUUACCAAAUCUGGCUGCGUUGUGGACGGCAUCGAGCAUCCACUCGAUGUGCUGAUUUGCGCGACAGGUUUCGAUACUUCCUUCCGGCCACGAUUUCCCAUAAUUGGACGAGAUUAUGCGAACUUAGCAGAAGAAUGGCAGGACGAACCAAGAAGCUAUCUAGGUCUGGCCGCACACAAGUUCCCUAACUAUUUCAUGUUUCUUGGGCCUAAUUCCUUUUUUGGGAGUGGCUCAGUAAUGUUUGCCAUUGAAGUGCAGGGUUCAUACAUUGCCGAGGUCCUCAAUCGCUGGCAGAAAGAGAGAAUCCGGGCUAUCGAUCCGAAAAAAGUCGCGGUAGAUGACUUUAUCAAUCAUAAAGAUCGCAUCAUGCAGACAACUGUCUGGACAGCAGGCUGUAGGACCUGGCAUAAAUCACCCAAUGGCAAGGUCAUAGGUCUCUGGCCCGGCAGUCCAUUGCACUACAUGGAAACAUUGUCAUCGCUUCGUUACGAAGACUACGAUAUCAAUUACCUGGAAGGGAAUAGAUUUGAAUAUCUCGGCAAUGGCUUUAGCCAGAUAGAGCUGGACCCCCUCGCCGAUCUCACAUACUACCUACGCGAUUGCGAUGAUGGAGAGUCCGUGUUUCGAAGUCGCUUUAGCAGCACAAAUGCCAAAGAAGUAGACAUUUGA